UUCGUCGAAUCCGAUACGUGCUGCGAAGGCGGCAGUCGGCGUCCGUCGUCCCCGGAGAUAGAGGUGUGUGUCUCGCAGGAUCGUGUGCGCGCUCUAAAACAGCUUUACUGCAGCUCUCCGUAUCGAUUAAGAGUCGCGUAUUGUAUUGAAGAUUGCAAUUGUUUCGCAAAGGGAUUUGUCAGUGCGCCAUUUUUGAUGCGCCAACUGAUGCCACGCGUCGUUGGCAUUGAUCAGUUUUCGUAAAAGUCUACAACCAGGUGUUUUCUGGGGUGGAAUUCAGUGUCAGUGGAUUAUUUUUUUGCGUUGUUUUUCACUACUGGCUAGCGGUCGAGGAAAAACGUGAGCGUGAAAAACUACUGUUUGAUUUCCUUUUGGAUUUGGCGACGCGCAACAUUUUCCUGCGCUUUAUCGAAGUGGUCGUCGUUGAGUGAGGAUUAGUCGGUUAGUUAGGCGAUGUUGAUUCAGCAGUGCAGAGUCAAAUUAAAAUAGACAGCGUCACACAAUCAAUCGAAGAGCAGCAGCAGCAGUACAAAGCUGGCAUCGCAAUUCGAGGAAACUCGCUUUUAGCAAUCAAUUGUAAUUUGCAAAAUCGAAUCGAUCGCCAAGAACGCGGUGGUGUUGGCAGUAGAGGAGGUGCGCUGACAGCUGAGCCAGGAGGAAGAUUCGGUUCGGUGACACAAAAGGCUGAACCGUCGCUGGCUUAACGAUUAAUUGAUUUCUCGCCUGCGGCCCACAAGUGUGCCCCCGAGUGGAGAAGAAAGAAGCAGAGCCAAGUGCCAGUGAAAAGUGAUUGAACGUUGUGAUUUUUAGUUGAUUGCUUGUUUUCUUUAGUUUUUAUUUUAAAAGUCUACACCUAGGUAUCCCAUCCAUCAUGGAGAAAGUGGAAUUGAGCAAAGACCAGCUGAAAGUGCUGAAGGAAGCUUUCGAUGCAUUCGAUAAGGACAAGACGGGCAGCAUUCCCACCGAUGUCGUCGGCACCAUUCUGGAGCUGCUGGGCCACACACUAUCAGAGGAAGAACUAGAGGAUGUGAUCGACGAAUACGACGAGGACGAAUCCGGCCAGCUGGAGUUCAACGAGUUUGUGCAACUGGCGUCGAACUACGUGGAACCAGAGGAGGACUACGACGCGUUACGGAAAGAACUCCGAGAGGUGUUCAUGAUGUACGAUAAGGAAGCCAAGGGCUUCAUUCCAGUAGAUUCAUUCAAACAAAUUCUCCGGGAGUUAGACGGCGCCGUGCCCGAGGAAGAACUGGACGACAUUGUAGAUGAAAUUGAUGCUGACGGUUCAGGAACGGUUGACUUUGAAGAAUUCAUGGAGGUUAUGACAGGUGAAUAAACCCCUAUUUCAGUUGUCGUUCUGUUAUCGCACAUUGCUAAAAAAUUCUAAAUGGCCGCUGCACGAAGCUUCCUGCGAAAAGCUUGUCUGCUGUCACAGUAGCUCCAAAUAACCCAAAAACAUAGAUCGUUGGUGAUUUCGACCUGACACGAAAUUAGUGACGAGUUUUGUGGUAGAUAGCAACAACCAGGCACACUGAACGGUUUCUAAGCGACAGUCUGACCCCCAACCACACCAUCUGAUGCUUUUCCAAUCUUUACCGAUUUGUAGGUUAAGCUUUGCAGCAGCCAGUGUUUCAGCGUCACCAAAGCUACAGAGAUUUUUUUUUAUACUUUACUACUAUUGUUACGAAUACUUUAAUAUAAAGAUAGAAACUAGGACUAAGCCCAUGAAACCCCAAUUUUGAUAUAAAAAGUGGAAGCUGAAUUGCUUACAAUACUUCAGGAUCAUUAAAGUCAAUAGAGGUGUACGUUCAGGUUUUCAUUCAAGACUCUUCGAAAGACAUAUUGGAUACACUCUCUAUCGUUUUCUACUAGUUUUCAACAUAAUUCAGCGGACUUAUGUAGAACUGUCGAGAAGUUUAGGGGACUAUGAAAGUGUUUGAAGGUUAGGCAACUGGAAGUACAUUCAUCAAAUCGCGAAUUCUCAUCUGAAGGUCAUACCAUAAAACGCCAUGGCAUUGGAUCAACCACCGUAAAAGAUCUACUUUAAAUCUAACGCCUAACCUCUAUCCCCAAAUCUUAUGAAACUAAUACAGGUGGUCCAGAAGAAUAAAAUGCUGCGAUGCUUCGAGCGCCGAAGCUUGCCAAACCGUUUCGCGACUGCUUCGGAAGGCGAUCAAUCAAAUGCAAUAACAACACUUUCGCUUUUAAGAUUAACGAAUGUCGUCGACUGAAAUAAACGCAUUGAUUCUUUCCUCAAAACUCA